UCUUUUGCUUAUUUUUCAUGUUUCUUCUUGUUUUCUUACAUUCCUCUGUUGGUUUUCUUGAAUUUAUAAUCAUAUUUUUUUCUUCUCUUUCCAUUUGUUGUCAACUGUUGCUGAUGCUCCUGUUGCCCUGAGCUGCCAGUCGAGUUCAGAAAUAAACACGUUUCUUAUUGUCGUGGUUUUGAGAUACGCAUAUAAUUUGAAACCUGUUGUAUCCUGAAAGCAACAGUGACUGAACAGCAUAGUGUUUGAACAGUGUGUGGAUUAAACUAUUACCUGCCAGGAGGAGAAUCAUGUAAUCAUGUCAUGACCGUGACCCUUCGUCUGUUAUCAGUCACCUGUUUAUCACUUGAAUGUAUUUUAGCUGACGUUCUCACAGCUGAAAUGUGCCCUGAACACCGGGGCACAUGGGAUUUGAAGCGAACCCUCUGGUAAAGUCUCGUCAUGGAUUUGAGGACGACACUUCUGGUCGUCGGAGGAUCUGCAUGCUCUUUCAAACUGCUGAACACGAUUUUCAGAUGGCUGCCAGCGCCAGAGUCAGCGCGCGAGAAAACCUGGAAGUGGAGGAAUAUCUGCACGUCGUUAGCUCACAGCUCGUUGACGGGAACGUGGGCUGUUUUAUGUUUGUACCAUCAACCUCAGAUAGCACAGGACCUGAUCUCCUCUCUCUCCUUGUCCUCCCACAGCCUUGUAGCUGUCUCUACAGGUUAUUUUAUCAGUGACUUCUUGGACGGGGCCUUGAACCAGCCGUUUAAACAGUCCUGGGAGGUUCUGCUCCACCACUCUGCGGUGAUCUCCUGCUUCAUCCUGGCUGCCACGUCCCGCCUCUACGUGGGCUUCGCUGUGGUGUCUUUGCUGAUUGAGAUCAACUCCGUGUUCCUUCACGUCAGACAGCUUCUCCUCCUGUCAGGACGGAGGAACCGGCCAGGGACUGAAAUUUCAGCCCCUCGUCCCUCCAUGACCUACAGCGUGACCAGCUGGCUCAACCUGGGAACGUUGCUGGUGUUUCGUGUCUGUACGACGGCUUGGAUGACCCGCUGGCUGGCAGCUAACGGUAAACACAUGCCUCGAUACGUCCUGACGAUGGGGACGGUCGGCCUGAGUCUCAUCUCCACCAUGAACCUGGUGCUGUUUUACAGACUGCUCAGAGCAGACAUCCUCAACAACACCGGCAGGAAGCACUAGAGGGAGCCAGUGCUGCUUCUCUCCUGAAAAAUGACUCCAGUGGUUCAGUUUUCUACCUCAGGACAUAAUUUAUCAGUGGCUCAAGAACCUCCAGACCUCCUUGACUUAUAGUGUUUGCUUGUAACUUGUGCUGUUUGUCAUUGUUAUGUAAAGUAGAGAUAAAGUAAGGGCGGCGUUGUUGCUCCCUCACACGUUAACUGAGCAUCUCCCUCAUUACGCUGCAUGUUUUACUGUGUGUCUCUGUACAUGUGACCAACGAAGAGCCUUAAAAUCCUGAAACAAGCUGUUAAAUAAUGAGACAUUAAACGUACAAUGUCUCGAGUAUUCAUUCAUGCUGUGAUAUUCCAAAAAUGUGUGCCCACUGUCUGCCAUUAACUGUAUAAGUUAAAAGACGACGUCUCUCUGAAGCAAAAUGGCUCCUGAUCUGUUCUUCAGUUUAUAAAUUAAAUUUAAGAAACUACA